AUGCCGAAUUCGCCUUCUCUAUCCUCCAACUUUAGUCAAGAGGGAGUCUAUCAAGAACAUGAACCGAAAAAGUACAUGAACGAGAAAUAUGCAAAAUGUUCCGUGAAGGGAAACUUCCUCACUCUCGCUGCGCAACCGAAGAAUGUCGAACUAGGAGAAUGGCUGGCCCACCAAUUGGUGGAAAUGAAUAGGCUCCUCACCGCCAUGAUUCAAGUCAUACAGGAAACAGAUUCCAACACUGGGAUGCCGCUGUGCAAUGAAGUCGGCUGCCCCACAAUGUCGGCUGGACGACUCACCUACACCUGGCUCGAGAAUGGUCGGCCAGCCAAAAUUCCCGCACCUUCGUACAUCGUUCGAGUUCAGAGGUGGAUAGUUGGCAAGAUUCAUGAUGAGAAGACCUUCCCAACCACGCCACCACCAAGUAUUGCCAACACCGGCUUCGCAUCCGGGGAUGUUGAUUCUACUCCCAACUCUGCGCAAACCCCUAUUGCAGCGGGACCGACGAAUCUGAACCAAUCCUUGACCACUCUGGCUGGAACUCAGGAUGAAUGGAUCGGCAAGUCGUCGGGCUUCCCUCAGCACUACCACCAAGACGUCAAGAGCAUCAUCAAGCAGAUGUUCCGAUGCUACGCUCAUCUGUACCACAACCACUGGGACAAUCCGUUCUGGCAUAUCAAUCGUCAUUUGGAGCUGAAUAGUUGCUUUGUGCACUUCAUCACGGUUGCAAUGUACUAUGACUUACUGCCGAAGAAAGACAUGGAACCCUUGCAAGGUCUCAUUGACAUCUUUAUCAGCCAAGGCGUUGUACCCAAGGAGGCCGUGCAGCAGCACGUCAGCUAA